GGAAGUUCUGACAGUUAAACGCAGAGCGAGCGGACUGAAGUUACAGGCACUUGUAUGAGUUUGUGUUGAUGUAUUGAAACGGCGGCGUAAACAUUAAACGAGAUAUAGAGAUGCGACGGAAGCAGAAGAGAUUGUUGCAGAUCGCGUUUCUGCUCAUCGUGGCCUUUCUGUUGUUGCCGAACGUCGGCUUGUGGUCCUCGUCUCUGGAGCGGUUGUUGGACAGCAGUUCUGCGGACGGACCCGGACUCUCUCACACACAGAGACCGAAGGGACACCGAGUGCAGAACACCGGCGUUCGGAAACGCGACUGGCAUGACUACGCCGCUAUCAAGAGUGAGGCGGCACGCUCCGGUGUGGGCGAGCAGGGCCGGCCGUACCCCCUCAGCGACUCGGACCGUGUGGAUCAGGCCUACAGAGAGAACGGCUUCAACAUCUUCGUCAGUAACCGGAUCGCCCUCAACCGAUCCCUGCCCGACAUCAGACACCCGAACUGUAAGACGAAGCUGUAUGCUGAAGAUCUCCCCAACACCAGCAUCAUCAUCCCCUUCCACAACGAGGGCUGGUCGUCUCUGCUCCGCACCGUCCACAGUGUCCUGAACCGCUCGCCGCCGCAGCUGCUCGCCGAGAUCGUGCUCGUCGACGACUUCAGCGACAAGGAGCACCUGAAGGCCCCGCUGGAGGAGUACAUGGUGCGCCUGCCGAAGGUGCGGAUCCUGCGGACCAAGAAGCGCGAGGGUCUGAUCCGGACGAGGCUCCUGGGAGCUGAGGCCGCCAUCGGGGACGUCAUCACCUUCCUGGACUCCCACUGCGAGGCCAACGUCAACUGGCUACCUCCCUUACUGGAUCGCAUCGCUCAGAACCGGAAGACCAUCGUGUGUCCGAUGAUCGAUGUGAUCGACCACGAUAACUUCGGUUACGAGACGCAGGCGGGCGACGCCAUGCGAGGGGCUUUCGACUGGGAGAUGUACUACAAGCGCAUCCCUAUCCCCCCCCAGCUGGAGAAGGCUGACCCCAGCGACCCUUUCGAGUCUCCGGUGAUGGCGGGCGGGCUCUUCGCUGUGGACAGGAAGUGGUUCUGGGAGCUGGGAGGAUAUGACACGGGUCUGGAGAUCUGGGGAGGAGAGCAGUACGAGAUCUCGUUCAAGGUGUGGAUGUGUGGUGGGCGAAUGGAGGACAUCCCCUGCUCUCGAGUGGGUCACAUAUACCGGAAGUACGUGCCUUAUAAAGUUCCCGGAGGAGUGAGUCUCGCCAGGAACCUGAAGCGUGUGGCGGAGGUGUGGAUGGACGAGUACGCCGAGUUCCUGUACCAGCGCCGGCCGGAGUACCGGCAUCUCUCGGCUGGAGACGUGUCGGCGCAGAAGGAGCUGAGGAACCGGCUGGACUGCAGGAGCUUCCGCUGGUUCAUGACGGAGGUGGCGUGGGAUCUUCCCAAACACUACCCGCCGGUGGAGCCGCCCGCCGCCGCCUGGGGAGAGCUGCGUAACGUGGACUCCGGCCUGUGCAUGGAGAGCAAGCACUUUUCCUCGGGAUCCCCGAUCCGCCUGGAGCCGUGCCUGAGGGAGCGCGGCGAGCUGAGCUGGAGAUACGGGCAGGUGUUCACGUUCGGGUGGAGGGAAGAUAUUCGCGUUGGAGACCCGCUACACACUAAGAAGGUGUGCUUCGACGCCGUGUCCCACAACAGCCCCGUCACUCUCUACGACUGCCACGGGAUGAAGGGCAACCAGCUGUGGGCCUACAGGAAGGAUAAGAGCAUCUACCACCCCGUCAGUAACAGCUGUGUGGACUGUAGCGCCGGACAGAAGCGCAUCUUCAUGAACUCCUGCGACCCCUCGUCUCUCAGUCAGCAGUGGCUCUUCGGGAACACCAACGCCAGCGUGCUGGACUCCUUCAACCGCGGCCAGUGACGCAGUCUCGCGGACACGCCUCUCGUGCCUUUACUGAACUCGUGUGCGUCUGAUCGUCUGCGGACGCUGGAACCGUCUUCAUCUCAGUGCUAACCUCCACUCCUGCUGCUAAUGCUAACGUUGAGGAGAGAACGGGCUGUGUUUGAGUGUUUGCAAGGCCGCGCGUUAGUGAUGUUAGUGAUGACUGAGCCGUUCAACAACCCGGUAUAAAGUCAACGCCGCAGGAAUUUAUUUCUUAUUUAAAGAGUGCGUUAGUAAUAUUAGCCUAUCGGCGGGUCACAACGUGCGCACACUCUGCUUAUUAUUACACACAGCUUUAACCUCGCGCAUUAGCAGAUCCGUUUCCUCGCUAGAGAAGCGUUCAGUUUUUCCGCUUGCUAAUUCCUCCGUGUAAAUAGCGAAUCCGCCAAGCGAGCGCAACUGGCUAUAAACCGAAUGGGAGACGAGACUCUGAUUGGUUUAUUGAACGUUACGCCCAAAACACACCCAUGAUUCAUUAAGAGAAUUGGCACCACACUUUUAGACCACUUUUAAACCAUUUGUCCUGCCGCUAAACUAGCAGAAGUGGACUCGGACGCACACUUGCACCGUGAGCUCAGAUCUGUAAAACAGGGCCCAGAAGCUUAGAUGUGCUUUGGGUUUAUAAGGAAAGGUUGUAAGUCUCGCACCGACAGCGAUGAUGUCACUGCGUGUGGAGUUGUAGGGAUGCACCAUAUAUCGGCAUCGGCCCACCGCUGGUCAUGUGACCGUUAUCGGUCAGAUAAGAGGAUUAGCUCGAUAUAUUAAAGGUGAACUCCGGCACUAAAUGAACCUUUGGUCUAUUUAUACGUUGUUAUCUAGUCAAGCGUUCUCUGAGAUCUGUUUUCAUGAUAA